AGAGCACUGGCAUAGUGUAAUAAAUUUAAGUUGUAAACGUGUUUCAAUUCAUUUUUUUUUUUUUUUUACAUAUUUAGUUUUAAAAUUUUGCAAAAAGUGGCAGAGACCAAUUUAAAUUCAAGAUCAUAGUGGAAAAGUUGAAAAGAUAAAACAAAAAACAAAACCAGAGAAAAAAAAAAACAAGGAGAAAAAACCAAAUCAAGUUAAAUAACGAGAACCAACAGAAGAUUUGCGAGGAAAAACGCAAAAGAAAAGGCAAAAGGAAGGCAAAAGGAAGAGCGAAGGCGCAAAAUGCCGAAACAGUCGAGCAGCGUGAAGAGGACCUCGCUCAGCGCCGUAGAGCAAUACGAGCUGAACCAAUGGCUCGAGGAGAACCGUAUAAAUUCGUCAAAUUUGCGGCGCUCGUUUACGGACGUGCUGCCGCUGGCACGGCUAAUGUCACGCUACUAUCCGGAAAUGAUUGAUCUCAACUAUUAUCCGCCGCGGAACAGUGUCCAGAAUAAGCUGUGCAAUUGGGAAUCGUUCAAUAAGCGUGUUUUGGCACGCCUCGGCCUCCAGCUGACACGCGAUCAGAUGGUGCGCGUGGCACGCAGCGUGCCCGGCUCUGUUGAUCUCUUGCUGUACAGCGUGAUGCGUGUCCAGAUGGCGGCGGAGCGCAAGGCGCGCGAGGAGCGGCCCAGCAGCGAAGACGAGGACAUCGAUGCGGACGAGAAGCAGUCGGCCGGCGAGCCGGAUGACAAAAAAGCAGACAAGGCCAGAGUCAAGCCAAUGGGCGUGGGCAUGGAUACGGUUAACCGGAACCUGAAACAGACGCCGGCGUCGCCAUUGAAGCGUGCUGCCGCUGCAGCGGUGAGUGUGAAAGCGGCAGCUGUUGCAGGUGCUGCACGCGGAGGUGGAGGCGGAGGUGCAUCGACUGGUCGCAACAAGAGGCAACAGCUGACAAUGUCCGGUGCCAGCAGCCGGGAGCUGAGCCAUCCGCAGCGUCAAAGAGGCCGUCAAUCAGCUGCAGCGAAAAAACGCUAAAAUCGAGCGUUUCAAUCAGUGGAGCGCCCAUCUGGAGAACAUGUUGCAACUGAAAUGCGAGCGCAUCGAUGAGCUGCAACGUCAGGUGGCCGUUGCCGCGCUCUCGAGUCGCCACAAGCCGUUGCGCAUGGGCCAUCGGCGGGCGAGGCUCAAGAAACGCAAUAUGCAGUUGGCCAAUACAAUUGGCGGCAUGCUCAAGUUGGCCGUCAAAAGGUUAUAGUACCAGACGCACACACACACACACACACACAUACAGAGACAAACACACACACCCAAACAUGCCCAAAGGGACAUUCCUCACACUUCGCACAUAGAUAGCCUAUAAUCAUGUUGCAUCUGUUCGACAGCUAGUACGCUGCGCUGCUUCCUUUGGGUCCAUUAAUGCCAUUUGAUUUGUGAUAACCCUUUUAGGCAAACGCCAUGUUGGAUUCCACACACACACACGCACACAUACACACACACACACACACGGUCACACACACACACACACGAUUUCGGCCAACUCGAAAUUCUUGAAACAGAGACAAAAAAAAAA